AAAAAAGCUUUAAUAGAAAAACAAAUUAGGAUUGCAGUUGUUGGACUGAAUGAAGUUAAACAGAAUGAGCAGAAUAGAUUUUCUCUUUUUAUUUAUGAUGGGAAUAAUAGUCUUUUUGUUAGCAGAAGUCUGAAAAAAGAAAUAGAAGAUUCUACUGAGUUGUCAAUUCAAAGAGAAAAUCAAACUGGUCAAUAUUUAGAAAUCAAUAAUAAUAGAAUUAAUCUUGAUAAUAUUCUUGCAAACUUAGAAGUUUUAUAUCAACAAACAGUAGAUGGUAUACAAUUAAGAAUCAAGUAUAUUAGUACUAGACCAGAAACUUUUUAA